CAGUAGCUCAUGUGUGCACGGAGAUUGGAGCAGACGAAUUUUCUGCUCAUAAAGUAAACUUUGCGGAACUAAAACGAUAGAUGUGUUGUGUGUCUUAGGAGACGGUGCAACUUUACAUAUGUAAAACUACCGGAAUAUCGUGAGUUUUUACAAAGAUAAAUGUCAACGUGAUAGUGUGUCACUAUGACCAAGAAGCGUUUGUUUUGCUAACGUUAGCUAGCAAAACGAUGCAGAGUAACGUUUUCCAGCUAACGUAUGUCCAUAUUUCUCUGUCUAUGCAUUAAAUAAUCAACCAUUCGCGAUGAGGUAUUCAACUCUGUUUAAUUGGAGUGUAUAGUGGUAUAAGAAACGAUGUCUGCGCGACACCAUCGACAGUAUUAAUAUCAAAAUUGCUGGAUUUUUCUAACAGCUAACGUUAAAGCGUGUUAACCAUAGCUGACGGUCGCUGUAUUUUGUUUACCGUGUACAAUAAUGUGACUGUUGUUGUAAAAAGAAAAAUGGACAGAGACUUGUUGAGGCAGUGUCUAACAUAUCAUGGAGAAUCACUGUUUAACAAACUGAAAUGUGAACAAACAGAAAACCCAGACUUCCAGGCUGUGGUGUCUGACCUGUGCAAGGCCACGUGUGAAAGGAGUGAUCGGCAGGACAGCGUCCUUGUGGAGCAGUUCAUUGCCAGAAAGGCUGACAUCCUGUUUUGUCCGGCAUGGAAAACCGCCACUCAUCAAGAGGAGGAACAUGAGGAGGAGGAUGCUACAGAGCCCUAUGCCAUCAUGCCACCAGUGGAGUUAUUCAUGGAGGUGUCUUAUGAGGAAAGAAGAGCCAUGCUGUACAGGGACUUGGAAAGAGGAGACAUUGUGGUGGGGAGGAUCAACAACAUUAGAGAUUACGGCUUCUUCCUUACUCUUCUUUGCACCGCAGGAGGACUGAAGAGAGACAUAGAAGACCUAGAGUUGUCGGCUCUGUGUCACAUCAGAGAAAUUCCCUCCACCGGCAGCCAUGAUGAUCCUUUGUCCUACUACCAGAUCGGGGACUUUAUCAGAGCUGCGGUGAAAGAUAUUGACCGCUACCAGGAGAAAAUCACAGUGUCCCUCCACCCGGCCUCUCUGUCUUCCAGCUUGGAGCACAUUAAACUGGGUGUCUUUCCCCGGGAAGAGCUGCCCAUACACUACAGCCGUAGCGUUUGUGCAGCCGCUGACUCCAGUGAGACCUAUGAGUGCAUACUGAAGAGUUGCCAUGGCUACCACAACCCCUCCGUAGUGGACUUCCUGCUGGAAAAGGUGGGGAUUAGUGACACCCACCCGCCGUCAAUGAUGAGAGGACUACAAAGUAAAAUUUUCAAUGAAGAGGACUUUGCUUCUGUAAUCAGGAAGAAACAGUCUGCAUCAUGGGCCUUGAAGUGUGUCCGUGCAGGUGUGGACCACUUCAAACACGGUCGUCACGUGGAAGCCAUGAAUGAAUAUAACAAAGCCUUGGAUAUCGACACUAAUAAUGUUGAAGCACUGGUGGCACGUGGAGCUCUAUAUGCUAACAAAGGCAGCAUCAUGAAGGCUGUAUCAGACUUUGAAUUGGCCCUGGAGAGCUGUCCAGAUCACCGCAAUGCCAAGAAGUACCUCUGCCAGACAUUGGUGGAGAGAGGAAAACAGCUUGAGGAACAGGAGAAACUAGUAACAGCGGAGGGACUGUACAGAAGAGCUCUAUCUCUCGAUGACUCAAACCCUGAAGCGCAGGAGGCCCUGCACAAGAUCACAGACACAAUACAGAAAUCGAUUCGCCGGCGAGAAGAAGCGCUGGCUAAGGAGCAGGAGAAAGCUACGAGCAGCCAGACCAGUGCUGAGAAAUUGCGUAAGAUCUUAAAAGAGGAGAAGAGGAUGAAGAAAAAACGAAAGAGAUCAGUCUCUUCCUCUUCUUCUUCUUCCUCCACUUCCUCCAAGAGCUCCUCUUCUUCUUCAUUGUCUUCCUCCUCACGCAGGAAGUCCAAGAAGAAGAAAAAGAAAAGGAGGCGAUCUGAGCGAGGUAGUAAGCGCCAUCGCAGGAUCUCCUCAAGCAGGAAGAGUGAAGAGGGUAAGAGUGAGAAAGACAGAAAGGAGAAAGUGGAGGACGAGCUGGAGUGGUAUCCCGCUCCUCCCAACACCUCCGCCACCUUUCUCAACCAGAAGGGAGGCCCGAGGUUUGGAGAGAGGGAUGAGGAGGAGGUAGUGGAAAAGGAUGCUGAAGAAAGACGAAUCAGUCAGCUUUAUUCUUUGUCAGCAGCUUCAGAAGACGAAGAGUCUGACUCCUCAUGCAGAGAGAAGAAAAGAAGGGAAAGGGAAGAGAGCAGGACAAGAGGAAGGAAAAACAGUCAGAGUAGAAGCCUGGAAAGAGAGGAGAGAGGGAGCAGGAGUAGAGAAAGGAGGGAUAGGAGCAGGGAGAGAGGGAAGGAGGAUAAUAGGAAAGACAGGAGAGGCAGUGAGUCCAGGAGGAGAAGCAGCUUAGACGAGAACAGAAAGAGAAAGGUGUCCUGCUCUUCUGCCGAAUCUGACUAUUCACGAAAAUCCAGUUCCAGAUCUGAAUAUUUGGGGAACUCGGGUUCUGCGUACAAACAUUUGGAGAGCAGAAUGAGACAUGACUCUUCCAGAAGGAACUCCUUGGAUGGUGUUAGGUGUGAAAACAGAGGGCGGGGAGACAUUCGGGAGGUAGAGGAGGCAAAGAGAGAGAAGGACAGCAGAAAGGGGAGAGAGGACGAGAGCAACAGGUCAGAUGGAGGAAACAGCAGAAAAUCAGAAGGGGCUGGAAAUAAUAAUAACAAACAGAAUAGUUUGACCCCAGUACCUGGUGGAGGGCCUAAAAAAGAUCUCCCUUCCAACCUGCUAGAUAUUUUCAAUCAGAUUGCCCAGUUUGAGAAGGAGAAAGGAGUCAGGCCAAAAUAACAACUCCAAACCAAAAGUCCAGAAGACUGUGAAAUGGAUGUUUGUAUCAUGAAUUCAUUCAUUCUGGACUGUGCAUCAAGCAAACACUGCUGAAGGAAUGGCCAAAUGUGUUGUUGAUUGAAUGUCCCCAGUUGUUGUCAGUUACUUUAGAUUUAGUGAAAACAUCCAAGUCAUUUUAUUUGAAAUGGCUUUGUCCUUAUGGUGGAUUUAAGGCCUGUGAGAACCUGUUGUGGUCAGAAUGUGCACCUGAAUAGCUUGAUACUGUAGUUUAAUACUUAACUCUAACUGGUUGCUGUAAGCCAAGUAAAGAGAGGGACAUUUUCCACUUACUGAAGUCAAUAUUAUUUGCCAUCUGUGAUCAUUUCCCCAUUUAGAGGUUAAUGUUUGUGUACAUUUUGAGAUUAUAUUACGUUACUCAGCACAUCUGAUGUCACAUCAGUUGCCACAGGCUUUAAUAUCUCAUUGUGUGUUCAUCUUAAGUUGAGACUUUUAUCUGUUAAAGGAGAUACUGCCUUAUGUUUACUGCCUUGUGCCAUUUUGUGCAUUCUCUCUGUGGCUUGUUAAACAACCCGACUGUUAGUACUGCAGUACUUUUUCAAGCUUUUCACAAUGCAGAUGUUCCAGUUGUGUCCCAACACUUUUUCUCCUGGAGUAGAACAAACUCAUGUUAAUCAAUAAAGCAUUGAAAAUGUCA